CAACCUCAUCCAUAAACUACAAAUACAAGAUAAGAUGAUAAGCCAACGUGGCAAUAGACCAAAUCAUAUUUUUCACUUCCCUCACAAAAACUACAGCACUCUUUCUCUCCACACAUCCACUCACCCACCCACCCAAUGGCUUCCCCAACACUGAUCACCCCCACCACCACCACCACCACCUCGAAACCCUUCAUACCCGUCAGAUCAAAAGUUACUGUCGCCACCGCCACCUCCACCACUGCAUCCGCAGUCUCACUCCUCCCAAGCCGCCGUGAUUUUCUCUCCCUAUCAGCCCUCACCCUAUCCUUAUCACCUGUUUCCUCAGCAUUGGCAGCUUCCGACGAGGAAUACGUAAAGGAGACAGAGGAGGUGAUCAACAAGGUCAGAACUACCAUCACCUUGGACAAGAAUGACCCGAACGUCGCCACUGCAGUGGCGGAGCUUAGAGAAACAUCCAACUCUUGGGUGGCUAAGUACCGGAGGGAGAAAACCCUCUUAGGCCGGGCCUCCUUCCGGGACAUGUACUCAGCGCUCAACGCUGUUUCCGGCCACUACAUCAGCUUUGGACCCACAGCUCCAAUCCCAGCAAAGAGAAAGCAAAGAAUCUUGGAAGAGAUGGACACUGCCGAGAAAGCUCUACUGAGGGGACGAUGAAAAUGGGGCGAUCAAAUCUUUUUUUGGGUAUAUUCUGUACUUCAUGCACUUGUAUUUGAUGUUGUUAUAUAAUGAGGUGUAUUUUGAUUUUUGAGGGAGAAAAAAAUCAAGUAAGCUUAUCAAGAUAGCAACAAAUCUACACCCAAUUUUCAUAUUCUAACCUCUCUUGUAUUGUAUUUGAACAUGUGUUUAGUAAGUCCAUUAUUAUAGAGAAAAUGUUACUACUUUGAACAA